AUGGCUACAACUCUUUCACUUUCCUUUUCCUUAGACCCUCAAAACCGCUUCAACACCAUCGCCACCACCAAAACGACUCGUCGUUUCACAUUCUCAUCUCUCCCUCAUCGAAAAACCCUAAACCCAAAUCCCCACUUCAAACUCUCCUCUUCUUCCCAUUCACAAUCCCAAACCCAAACCCUAAACGAACCCAUUAUUCAACCAGGUAAAUUCCUCACGAACGACGAACUCGAAAAACUCCAAUUCCUCUCCUCCUUCCUCUACUCUCAACAACUCGAAUCCGGUAUGGUUUGGGUUCGAGUCAUGAGAGACAGCGAGGUGGAUGCCAUUGUGUGUUUACUCGCGGAUUCGUUUUCGGAAUCGAUGAUGUUUCCGGAAGGGUAUAUCAAUGUGUUGAGGUUUCUUGUGAAACGGUAUUUAGUUGAGCGGAGGAGUUCGAUGCCGCAUAUGGCGACGCUGGUUGGGUUUUAUAGAGGGGUUGUUGAUGGGGAAGAUGAGGAAAUGCAGUUGGCGGGGACGGUUGAGAUUUCUUUCGAUAAAAAUGGUGCUAAUGCUUCCAUUCCUUCGCCUACUCCUCCUAGGGAUUCUCCUUACAUUUGUAACAUGGCUGUGGAAAAAUCUCUCAGAAGGAGGGGCAUUGGAUGGCACCUUCUAAAGGCAAGUGAGGAAUUGAUUUCUCAGAUGAGUUCAUUGGGAGAAGUUUACUUGCAUUGCCGAAUGAUUGAUGAAGCUCCAUUUAACAUGUAUACAAAAGCUGAUUACAAAAUUGUAACGACAGAUAGUAUAUUAGUUCUGCUGAUGUUGCAGAGACGCAAGCACUUGAUGUGCAAGAAACUUCCUCUCAUAAGUAUGCAAUCAGAAACAGACGUGUCAUGGUCUGAUGAAUAA